GUAGUAUGAAAUGGACCAUCUAGUCAUUAUUCCACAACGGCGACCCAUUCCCAUUUCUCGUCAAACUUUUUUCUCGUUAAAUCCUUUCUUUUCUCCCUCUUUUUUUUUUCGCCUAAAUUUUAUUUUUAUUUUCAAUAAAUAUUUCUCCAUUUCUCUCUCUCUUCAAUUCUUGCUCGGCACCGUCAAUGGCGCCGAGCACCAAAAACCUCCAAUUAACCUCUUCCCGCUUCACUGAUGAUCAUUCCGAUACUGAAAACUUCGAAGAUGUUCGUUUACUUGAUUAUUAUCAUGAUUCUGUUGAAUUGGAGGACGGUAAUAAUCAUGAUUCCAGAAGAAUUCAAGUCAGCAUAGGUGGUAUGACUUGUUCAGCUUGCUCGAAUUCUGUUGAAUCAAUUCUUUCUUCCAUUAAUGGCGUCUUUAAAGCUUCUGUUGCUUUGCUACAGAAUAAAGCUGAUGUUGUUUUUGAUCCUGCUUUAAUCAAGGAUGAGGAUAUUGUAUCUGCUAUUGAAGAUGCUGGAUUUGAGGCUGAAAUUUUGCCUGAGCCAAAUUCCUCUCAAAUAGUCUCAAAUAAAACUUUGUCGGGGCAGUUCAACAUAGGAGGAAUGACUUGUGCUGCAUGUGUAAAUUCUGUUGAAGGUAUUUUGAGGGAGCUCCCAGGGGUGACCAGAGCUGUGGUUUCUCUAACAACUUCAUUAGGAGAAGUACAAUAUGAUCCAUCUAUUGUCAGCAAGGAUGACAUUGUAAAUGCUAUUGAAGAUGCUGGCUUUGAGGCUUCACUUGUUAAGAGCAGUGAACAGGGAAAAAUAAAUUUAGAGGUUGUGGGAAUUUCUGGUGAGAUGGAUGCACGGUCUUUAGAAGGCUUGCUUUCACAUAUAAAAGGGGUGCAGCAAUUCCGUUAUGAUAGGAAUUCUGGAGAGCUGGAAGUUUGCUUUGAUUCUGAACUCCUUGGUUCUCGGUCUUUAGUUGACAGCAUUGAGGAAGCUAGUGGUGGCCAAUAUAAGUUGCGUGUGAGAAAUCCUUUUGUGCGAAUGACUUCUAAAGAUUUGGAGGAAUCUUCAAAAAUGUUCCAGCUUUUCACAUCCAGUCUUUGUCUUAGUGUACCGGUGUUUCUUAUACGUGUCUGCCCCCAUGUCCCUCUGUUAUAUCCUUUUCUUCUUUUGAGAUGUGGUCCAUUCCUGAUGAGAGAUUUGCUGAAGUGGGUAUUAGUGAGUCUUGUUCAAUUUGUCAUUGGAAAGCGUUUCUAUGUAGCAGCUGGUAAAGCAUUGAGGCGUGGAGCAACAAACAUGGAUGUAUUAGUUGCACUGGGAACUUCAGCUUCCUAUUUCUAUUCUGUUUGCGCACUUCUGUAUGGCGCUGCUACUGGUUUCUGGUCACCGACAUACUUUGAAACUAGUGCUAUGCUAAUAACCUUUGUGCUCUUGGGCAAGUAUUUGGAGUGUCUUGCAAAGGGAAAAACCUCAGAUGCUAUCAAGAAGCUUGUAGAACUUGCACCUGCAACAGCAUUGCUACUUGUAAAAGACAUAGGUAAAAAGGGCUUAGAGGAACGAGAAAUUGAUGCUUUGUUGAUUCAACCUGGUGAUCUGUUGAAAGUUCUCCCUGGUACUAAGGUUCCUGCAGAUGGUAUUGUAAUGUGGGGUUCAAGUUAUGUCAAUGAGAGUAUGGUUACUGGUGAAUCUGUUCCAGUCUCUAAGGAGGUCAAUUCGCAUGUGAUUGGGGGCACAAUGAAUUUGCAUGGGGUUCUCCAUAUUCAGGCGACUAAAGUGGGAUCUGACACUGUUCUGAGUCAAAUUAUAAAUCUGGUGGAAAAUGCACAAAUGUCUAAAGCUCCUAUACAGAAGUUUGCUGACUUUGUUGCAAGCAUAUUUGUUCCCACUGUGGUGGUUCUGGCAUUGUUGACUUUAUUGGGCUGGUACAUUGCUGGAGUGGCAGGAUCUUAUCCACAAAGUUGGUUGCCAGAAAAUGGAAAUUAUUUUGUGUUUGCCUUGAUGUUUGCAAUCUCAGUUGUGGUAAUUGCAUGUCCAUGUGCUCUGGGUUUGGCCACACCUACUGCUGUCAUGGUUGCAACUGGGGUUGGUGCAAAAAACGGUGUGCUUAUAAAAGGAGGAGAUGCAUUGGAAAGGGCUCAAAAAAUUAUGUAUGUCAUAUUCGACAAAACGGGGACCUUAACACAGGGAAAAGCCACUGUAACCACUGCUAAAGUUUUCACUGCAAUGGAUCGAGGAGAAUUUCUUAGAUUGGUGGCUUCAGCUGAGGCUAGUAGUGAACAUCCUUUGGCAAAAGCAGUGCUUGAAUAUGCCCGGCAUUUUCAUUUCUUUGAGCCUUCUGAAACGAAGGACUCACAGAAGAGUGAAAAGGAUUCAAAAUAUUCUGGAUGGCUUUUAGAGGUUUCAGAUUUCAUGGCUGUCCCCGGAAGAGGAGUGCAAUGCAUUAUUGAUGGAAAACAUAUUCUGAUUGGAAAUCGAAAGCUUCUGUCCGAAAAUGGGGUGACAAUAUCUACAGCUAUUGAAACUUUUUUGAUGGAGCUAGAAGACGGUGCACAGACAGGAAUACUUGUUGCCUCUGAUGAUGUUGUAAUUGGAGUUUUAGGAGUAGCUGAUCCUCUGAAGAGAGAAGCUGCUAUAGUCAUCGAGGGCCUUGGUAAAAUGGGCAUUAAAUCUGUCAUGGUCACUGGGGAUAACUGGCGAACAGCUCGAGCCGUUGCCAAGGAGGUGGGCAUAAAUGAUGUAAGAGCUGAAGUGAUGCCAGCGGAAAAAGCAGAAGUAAUUUGUUCAUUACAGAAAGAUGGAAAUGUGGUGGCAAUGGUAGGUGAUGGUAUCAACGACUCGCCUGCUCUUGCUGCAGCAGAUGUUGGAAUGGCCAUAGGUGCAGGAACAGAUGUUGCGAUUGAGGCUGCCGAUUAUGUCUUGAUGAAAAAUAAUUUGGAAGAUGUAAUCACAGCCAUCGAUCUGUCAAUAAAGACGUUCAAUCGUAUCCGGAUGAACUACGUCUUUGCCAUGACUUACAACCUAAUUGCCAUACCAGUUGCCGCAGGCGUUUUUUACCCUUCGUUGAAACUAAAAUUGCCUCCUUGGGUUGCUGGUGCGUGCAUGGCUCUCUCUUCCGUCAGUGUUGUUUGCUCCUCUUUACUUCUUAGGUUGUACAAAAAACCGAAAUUGACAAGUAUACUUGAAAUAGUUGUAGAAUAGAGAUCAAACACGAGAAGGAAUAACGUCAACAUAGCGUUUAAAUCAAUGUGCGGUGUUUGAUCAUUUAUAGACACCCUCGAGUUUUGUAUAUUUUCGAUAUCAUGAAUGUGUAAAUGGUAAUCUUUGUAACAUCUUUCAUCAUUUUUGUUUCGUGUUGAUGCUUUCUUGUCGAUAAAGAAACAUCACCGCCUGCAUUGGAUUGAAAUCUACUGUAUUAUCAGCAAAUCUCAUCCUUGAUGACUUUGUCAAAUUGAAGUAAUUAGACGAAAUCAAAUCUCCUUUUCUUACUGAAUUUGUGGUUCUUCAUUAUUGUCUUUGACUUUUGAAUACCGUCUUAUUGACGAGGAUAUAUGAGAGUUUUUAGUUGAUGAAACAAUUUCUAAGGGUAGAGGACUAGAGGUAGUAGAUAUUGGGUUGGAUCUAUUUGACUGGAAU